GUUCCACUUGAAGUAGGUAGUUCGUAAGUGCGAGCUGGAGUGUUCAUAGUUAGCAGUGGAUUGUUUAUAAUUAUCAAGUGAUGACUUUCGAGCUGUGAAGCUAUUGAGGCUGGUCUUGCGUUGCUCUUAAGUUGAAGAAUACAACGCUCCGACUCUCGUUGAGUGACGGUCUGCAGUGAUCACUCUGGCCAGUCUUUAGUGAUGACUCAGGGUCAGUCUUCACGCAGUCUGUAGUGACUCUGACCUGACCCCCCACACAGUCCAGGCACCAUGUGCCUGUCGCCCGACGAUGCAGGCAGCACCACCGCCCCCACGAGGGGCACGACGGAGGGUAGCGAAGAGGGCACCAGCAGCACCAGCUCCUCGUCCACUUCCUCCACUAAGACCUCCUCCUCUAGGAGCAGCUCCACAGCGCCCGUGCUGAAGCUCAAAGGCUCCAUCACCAACUCGAUCGCUUCAAAGUUUGGUGGCACGGCCCCGGCACCCGCGCUCAACCGAUCACUGCCUCGUAGAGAGUCCGUGGGCUCGGUCAACCUCAAGAAGUUCGAAACUAACGCAAGUUCAACUGGGGUCGAGUUUACCGCCAUCAAGUUGAAGAAAGUUUCGAAGAUUUCUUCUACGUCCACGCAAGAAGACAGGACAAAAGUUGGUGUAGGAAGAACCGUGGCUGUGAGUGUGGAAGAUUCUUUUGACGUCAAGAAGACCGUUGAAUCGUCUACUGGAGGAGGAAGGGAAGUAAAAAUUAAUGUGACUUCAAUCUCAAAUAAUGACAAAAAGGAUGAUACUCGGCGUCUAGAAGUGAUUGGCAAAAAAAUACAAGCCACUCCUGAUGUUGACAGGCUAUCUCAAGUCAGGAUUAUCCCCGUAGACAAGGAUGUCGAUUGCGAAUUAAAAUCUACAAAACUUGGUCAAACAUUAGAAGAAAAACCGGACGCAAUCGGCGCAAAAUCAAAGCUGCUAGGCACGCCGUCCAAAUUGAAGCGAGAAGUUGAGGCGUCCGGAAAUCUUCCCUGUUUGAAAUUAUCUGGUAAGCCGGCCGCAGGCGAUUCAGUUAGUUCUGUUAGUACCGCAACUUUAAGCUCGUCUAGUACAUCGUCGAGGACGAGCUCUUCAGAGAUAAAUGUAUUCACGUCAAGUAAUUCGCUGUGUCGAUCUGCUACGAUCAAAAGCACCGAGCUACCGACGAUAGCCUCGCAAGCCACGGCCGGGAAAGAAACAAAUCUUGGAACUGCGGUGAAGAAACCCAAGAAAUUGUUGGAUGGAGCAGUAAAGAAAAAGAAAAUAAAACCCAAGGGGGAAGUAAUUGAUGUUCCUAUCAUAUUAGAAAGUGCUGCAGAAUCACCUGAUACAACACAACCUCACUUGAUCUGUAAUGAACAAAGUUCACCUAACAGUUCUGGCCUGAAUAAAACUGAAGUAAAAAUAGAAAAUUCUUCUAUUAAGAAUGGCAAGCAAGAUGUAAUGAGCGAUGAUAACGUACCAGUAACUAAAGCCAGCGACCCGCAAGGCAGUAUGGAAGAAAGUGCGGUAAAGGACUGUACAGAGGCAACGAUGCGGACACCUCUCGCUACCCCUGAGGGAGGCGAGGGCGAGCCUCUACAGCAAACUAUACCUGGUGUUGUAGCUUUCCCCAAGACUCCUCCAACAGCAGAAGGUUCAGCUAAACAAACAACGUCGCCGUCAGUCAGUAUUUCUUUCGAUGAUAUGUAUGAUAAAAACGUGCCGGAAAGCAUGUCGUCGACACAAUUUUCUGUUUCGCCUUCUGCCUCGGUCAGUAACUUGUCCACGACAUCGCCGUCGGGUUGUAGUGUUCCUACCGCCUCAUCGUCACCCAUCUGUAGCUUGUCAACAACAUCAUCUUCUUCUUCUCCUUCAAUAUGUAGCCUGUCCUCAGUGUCCUGUACAACUGAAACACUAUCGACAUCCAUAUCACCAUCAGCAUCAGAUUUGUCCGCAUCUCCACCUCCAACCUGUAUAGCUCUGCCUUUAAAUUCUACCUUGAACAGUUCGUGUGCCACCACACCACCAGCGUCAACUUCAGCUGUACCAUCGACAAGCAGAGGCACCUCCAGCGACCCAGUGAUCCUCAUAGUACGGGACAUGAGCUCCGUGGCCACAAACAUUAAUAGGACUACCAUGAAGGCUCCAGCUUCUUCGACAAUCGGUGCGCUUUUUGCUGAAAUUGGGCACAAGUUCGGUUACGAAUCUGACUCCUUCUCUCUGUCACUCCAGAGCUCAACAGUAACCGAUCCAUUGGAGCGGCUGGACCCAUGGCUGACGCUGGAGGAGGCAGGGUUCCUGGUGGACGGGGUGUCACGCAACAGUCUCCUGCUCAUGGACCUGCGUCACGGCCACCCUAAGAGGACUGAUGCGGCCGGCACGUCAAGUCGGGACGAUGAGCUCGCCCUGGGUGCGUCAGCGUCUCCGUCGUCGUGCGGGGGCGAUGACAGCGGCGUGUACAGCAGCAGCAGCGGCAGCACGCGCUCCAAGAAGCGCUUAGAAGACCCUGAAGUCACGCAUGAGUACACGAGCUACAGCAGCAGCAGUUCGCUGUCUUCCAAGCAUGACACAGGAUACGUGGGCCUCGUGAACCAAGCCAUGACUUGUUACCUCAACAGCCUCCUGCAGACGCUCUUCAUGACUCCCGAGUUCAGAAAUGCUCUUUAUCGAUGGGAGUUCAAAGGCACCAAAGAAGAAGGGGCCAAGAGUAUCCCCUAUCAAUUGCAAAAGCUUUUCCUGCUUCUUCAAACUGCUGAUAGGAGUGCAGUAGAAACUACUAGUCUAACUAAAAGUUUCGGCUGGGACAGCAGUGAGGCAUGGCAGCAGCAUGAUAUUCAGGAGUUAUGUCGUGUCAUGUUUGAAGCUCUGGAACAGUCAUUUGCGAACACAGAUCAAGCUAAUCUUAUCGACACUCUGUACCAAGGCAAAAUGAAAGACUACGUAAAGUGCCUUCGAUGUGGUACUGAGAAUGCCAGGGUGGACUCUUUCCUGGACAUUCCUUUACCCAUCCGACCUUUUGGGUCGUCCGCUGCAUAUCAGUCUUUAGAAGAAGCGCUUCGAGCGUUCGUCGCUCCUGAACUGCUUACUGGCAAUAAUCAAUAUCAGUGUUCUAGGUGCAAUGAAAUGUGCGACGCUCACAAGGGCUUGAAGUUCACCAAGUAUCCAUACCUUCUUACUAUACAUCUUAAGCGUUUUGAUUUUGACUAUCAAACUUUCCUCCGUAUAAAACUUAACGAUCGUGUCACAUUUCCGAAUGUUCUAGACUUAAGCGAGUUCUUGGACGAAAAUGCGCUUGUCAAUACAAAAUGUAGUAACAAAAGUGACUCAGCCGUAAGUGCCUUAGAUGACUCUGCCACAGACGACUCUGGGUCUGCGUUAGACAUGGAAGAAAGUUCCGUAGACCUGGCACAUUCUCAUAACUGUGAGGAUGAUGAAGGCAUUGAAGUAUUUGCCUCUGAUACAGAAAAGAACCUCAGCAAUGAAAUGCAUAAAAACAGCUCAGGCAAAUGUUAUUCUAACGGAGACCCAAAUAGUGCAAUUAAUGGCCCGAGAAGUGCGGUCAAUGGAACUAACAGUGCAGUGAACGAGUCUAGUAAGGUAGUGAACGGGUCCUCAAGUGCAAUAAACGGGUCUAUUAGUGCAUUAAACGGACCCUGUACCGUAACACAGAGUGGUAGUGACAAAGCAAGCAGUGAGGCGUCAUGUAAGAAUGAUGUCAACACUGAUUAUCAAUUAUUUUCCAUAAUGAUCCACUCUGGUAGUGCUUCAGGAGGUCACUAUUACGCGUACAUCAAAGAUUUUUUGACUGGUGACUGGUUUUGCUUUAACGAUCAAAGUGUCACUCGUAUCGGGGACGAGGAGAUCAAGAGAACAUAUGGCGGGGGCGGCAGGACCGGUGGCAGCUACGGUGCCAGCGCCAACGCCUACAUGCUCAUGUACCGACAGUGCAACGAGGACCGCAACCUCAUGCCCUUUACCAAGGAUAAUUUCCCUGCCCACAUUCAGAAGCUCUGUGAAAAUUUAAUGAUUGAAGAAGAGCUCGAGAAAGAGCUGCGGGAAAGAGAAAAGUCUACUUGUGUCAUCAGGCUGUUUUGUCAUCAUCCCGCCGCCGCUCAACUCACUGGCAUUAAACUUCAUGUAAAUAAAAACUCGACUCUAGCUGAAGCAACUGAACUUGCACAUGAGCAGCUUGGUCUACAGAAACACGUUCCUCUGGAGCGUUGCAGGCUUGUUAAAUAUGAGGAAUAUCAUGACUCUAUAGAGAGUUCGUUCGAGGGGCAGGAGGAUAAGCCUUUCAGUGAAAUCGUGGGUGGUGUCAAAUCCUCUUACAAGUUCGAUCUUCUCUUGGAAGUGCGCGAUGAGCACCAGCAGUUUGAAGCGUACCAGCCUGGCAGUGUCAGUUUCAAAGUUUUUGUUGUUAGUCUCGACGGUCAGGGAGAAGUUGAAGGGCCUUUCAUCACUCGGGGCCUUCUCUCAAUGACGGUGGCUGAGCUCAAGAAAGCCAUUGCUUCCACCCUGAACCUCAAGAGCGAGACAAUGCGCAUCGCAUCUGAAGGAUUUUAUGAGGAAAUGAAGUUCCUUUCUGAUGACGCAGCACUCCUCCGUACCGAGGGCUUCUAUAAAUCUAAUAAACUGUUCGUUGAAGCCUCGGGAGAAGAGAGCACAAACUUUUAUAUGGGCUCGCAAAUGGCAAGCAUUAUUGAGAGGUACCACAACACCAUCACUCUGUACUGCACACUGCCUGUAGUGACGCCAGACAUUUUAGCAGAGCUGAAUAUCCCGCCUUUUGUGGAGGAUAAAUCUACUAGUACUUGCGAGACGAGCUUCGCGGUGCAGGCGCAAGAGCCUGAAGCUUCUGAGCCUCAAAUGGAAUCCCUUGAUGCGGUUGGUAACGCAUCACGUUCAUCUGGUAAAGUCAUUUCCGACACACCUCCUUGUUCUUUUGAAUCUGUUUCAUUACCCAGACCUGAGUCUGCUGUUAACUCAUUUAAUUGGUCCCAUUUUAGGAAUAUUACUAGUUCUUUUUCCAAUUUAGUCAUCUCUGGCACUUCUGCGUUGAUGGCUCAUUCUGCAUCAAAUUUACUUAUAAAUUAUUCACAAUCUACUUCGAAUUCUGCAAACUUGUCUACCCAACCUGACGCAUCCAGCGCAACGUCGCGACCCAAGAGCUGCCCAGUCACAACAAGCACUUCACUCUCGACAACGCCAGUCUGUCCUUCACUCGACGAUUAUAUAUCAGCCGACGGCCAAUUACUCACCGAACCUACAGAGCCUCUUGGGCAAACUCAGCCAUUCUGUACUUCUAUUUCUCCUGGCCUUACCUCAGCACCUAAUGCAGAUCAGGGUUCUACGAAUACGUUGUCACUUAUUUCUGCUGAACACUCAACGGCGGUCGCGGAUGCGCUUUCAUCAUCUGCAGAAAGUGUUUCGGUUUAUUCAGCCAUGUCUCCUCUGGCACGGGUUCAUCCUUCUUCGCUUGCCUCCUUUCCGUCUCCCUCACCGUAUGAGGAUAAAACAAACACAUUUGUUAACUCUUCAGAAAAAGACAACCAUUGCAGUUCAGCAGCUGUCAGUGUGCCAGGAGGCGCCAAAAUGAUGUCCCUCGAUGUCGGCCCAAGACUCGCUAUCGCCUCCAAUGCUUCGUGCACGUCGUUGACGGACGUGCCCUCAGCACCUGCAGCUGCCGAGGUGUGUGCGGCGGUGAGCAACUUGAGCGACGACGAAGACGGCGCCGACGUCUGCGGUGGCCCUCACUCUGCCCUCAGCAGCGACCAGAGCACCAGCGAGGACUCCUCUCUGACCAGCGACUCUGACCGGACGUUGGUUGGAGACCCGCCGGACGACGAGCGUCUGUCAGAAGGCGGCCACUCGCCGGACUACCAUAACGUUUCUUCUCCUGAAGAGAAUAAUGGCUCUACCAAGGACGCUAGUACGUGGUCAGGGGGAGCGAGCUGCUGGGCGUCUGAGGAGACGGCAGCGGGACGAGGCUGGUGGCAGGACGAAGACGCUGUCAUCAAGCGAUACUUCAAGGCCGAGUUCUUGCCUGACGAGAACGACCAGAAAGUGUUGCAGAUCAGGGUUGAUAAGCGAAUGACGGUUGACCAGCUGAAGCUCGAGCUGCAGCCGUACGUCGGUGUUGGGGUCCAGCACUUCAAGCUCUACAAGAAAUUCAUCCAAGAGUUUGAGUGCAACAGAGGAGGCGAGCAGCUUAACUUCGGCGACUGUUGCAAACUCGGGGUCAAGUUGGACCGCGCGUUGCAGGUCGGCGAGUUCCGUGGAAAAGUUUACCUUCUGGACCUCACGAACAACGAAGAGCCGGCCAAGUUUUUAAUAGAAUUCGUAAUGCGAGAGAACGACACGGUGAGCCAGGCGAAAGCUGCCAUCCUAGCCGAGGUGAAGGCGCGACUUGGUCUCGAGUUGAAGUUCGAGGACGUGAGACUGCGGCGCAAGAGCUGGAAAAAUCCUCAGAGUGUGUACCUCGACCAUCAAGUGUUCAGUGCACGCGACAUCGCUCUUCAUAGUAAUUGGGAAUUAUAUCUACAGGAACUGAAAGGCCCUGAGCCGAAGAUGUGCGAGGACGACUUGGUUCUGUUCAUCCGUCGCUGGCGCCCGUCAGUGUACCAAGUGGACCCCAUAGAGGAGAUCGUCCUUCCCAUUCAGACGGCAGAGGCGCUCAGGGAAACGCUCGGCAGACUGAGCGGCAUCAGCUCCGAGAACGUGGAGUUCGCUCGCGGCACCGGGCCGUUCCCCCACAACUUGUCCGUCUUUGAUAUUUCGACGAAGCUUUCGUGGGUCUCUGGUAGCGGACCUCUCGAAGACAAGCCUUACAAUCUACUAUACGACGGCGUCCUUGUCUACUACAGAGACAAAGACGAGCAACUGGGAGUGUUAUCAGAUAGCGAAAGAAGCGAAGUUGAGGCUGCAGAUAACAAGAGACUAAACAAAGACUCUCCUUACCCGGCGGCAGCCCUGCCUUCCAAGCCUGCCAGGGAGAAAGGCCUUAAGAUCUACUUCAAGAAUGACUGAUGCCGACCCGAUCUUGCUUACGUUAAGUGGUUCUUUACCGAGUCGUAUAGAGUUCCUGGCUAGACAAAUAAUGAUCUAAAAUGAGACUUCUUAUCCAAGGCCGCGCAACGCGUUCGAGUCGCGUUGUUUGUCGCCAAUAAGUUUCGCUUGACAAUAUGUGUUUUAUGUGUGGUUCUUUAUGUUCGGAGAAUGAGCACCACAUGGUCACGCUCGAACUGAGGUAUACAGUACUAACAAAGUGUGCUUGUUCAUCAUGUUAUACGACCGGUGUUGCGUUCUGAGACAUCGGCAGCAUCAAGCUAUAAAAAUGUGAAGAGUUACCCUGUCUUCGCUUUUCGGUUGUAGUAUUCUAUCACUUUCGACGCUUGAUGAGAUUAUUCAUAAUUAGGAUUGUCGCGCAAUACGUUACGCGAUGGAAGCAUUACCAUUGCAGCGUUGCCAAGUCUACAGUUGAUAUAUUGAUAUUUGCUUACAAGUUAAUAGCUGAUUGAACUCCGCUUUCAAUUCACUUCAAAAAGAGAAUGAGAUGUCAAUAUUAUUUAUAGUGCUUUGAUGUGUUGUCAUUUUUUUUAUUAAGAUAUAUGGAAGAACUUCUACUUAAUUUCAUUAAAGUGGAAAUAAUCCCAUGAAAACUCGCAGGCGUCUCUGUUGCACGUCGAUUGUUACGAUCUUCAUGUUGCUUGUGACAUUAUUUAUUUAAAGUUUCCCUUUGCAUCAAAGUUGAACGCCGGCGCUUGAUACUGGGCGUGGAUUCGAGCUUGAAUCGUCGUUUCAGUUAAAUCUGUCGUAAGAGGAGUGCUGUGAAGGAAAGUGAAUAAGUGUAUGUGCUAUGAACGUUUCUCUAUGUAACUCUGAUAAAAACGGAAUAAAAAUCCUAUAUAAUGGGGUAAGUCAUACAGCUGCUAAUGUUCACACGUCAAUUCGAUGAAACAUUAUCUGCAGGAUAUCGUCUCUGACAGGAUUGCAAACGCUCAAAUUUGUACUGGGCGAGACGAGCGAUUUUUUUGUGUAAAUUUAUAAAACCUCUUCUUUUAUCAUUGCA